CUCUGUCAUCUCCAUUUUCUCAAACAGGGCGUGCCACCUUUCCCAGCUCCAUAUUCAGCCGACAAUCCAUAAACUAGCCGUAACGCGAAACCAGCGAAUAAAGCUGAUAAAACUGGACUUUCUGUAACGUCACCUGUCUGAAAAAGAGUACAGAAGUUUACGGAGGUUUUUCCUGUGGUCUGUAUCUAGUGAAGUGUGAACACAAGAUGGCUGAUCAACUGCAGAAGUUUGUGGCAGACAAGAAGGAUGUUGUAGAAACCGUGAUGGAGGUGUUUGAGAAAGGUGCAGAGGUGGUGGCCAGCAUGGCAGGGGAUCUCUUCCCUGUCUUUGCCAUUGCAGCGCCUGUGGUGAAGCUGGCUUUGGACAAUGUGGAGAGCAAGGAGGCCGAGUUCAUGAAGGAGCAGUUCCAGAAGGUGCGGGAUCGUCUGGAGGUGGUCUCAGAGGAAAUCCAGCGCAUCAACCAGGAGAUCCAGAAGAGUGGAGCAGAUGCUGCCUACUUCUCCGUGGAGGAGAACCUGAGCAACCAGUUCCGUAAGUUCAUGGACAUCCUCAACGCCAAGCCCAAGUUCCGCGAAGUCAAGAAAAAACUCUUCCUGGAGCACUUUGCCAAGACUGGGGGUGACAAAAACCUGCACACCCUGUAUGCUGCUGUGACAGGGGACAAUUUCUCCAGUGAGUCAGUGCUGGAGAUCACACUGAACUAUGAGGAGAAGAGCCGCAGGGCCGUGGAGGACUUCUGCGCCCGGCUGAAGAACCUGUUCUGCUUGGGCCUCAUUGCCCUGGUGGGCCAUGCAGGCCUGAAAGGGACAGACGAGGAAGAGGAGCUCCUCCGGGACUGGGGUGAGAAUAUGAAGGUGGUCCAACAAAAGAUGAAUGCUGUCAUCGAGGACUGCAUCAACAGCUUCCCAGAGCAAGCCCAGAUAGACACCCGUAGGCUGGUGAGGGACCGGGGGGACAAGACCAACCAGCAGCUUGCAGACUCCAUCGUGGAGGCCCUGAAACAGAAGUAUGACUGGGUGUCCUGGUCUGUGCGGGUCUAUGGGACACCCUCAGGUCUGCUCGGUAGCAAAAAGGAUUUCCAGUGCUCCACGGGGAAGAGCCGGUUCCAGGUGACAGGGGCAGAAGAGAAGCUGAAUGUGACAGUGUCCUACAGCGCCUCCCCCGAGCCCCUGAACAAGCCACUAAUCCAGCAGUUGAUCCUUGAGCAAAAGAAGCUGACAGUAGCAGCGGUAGCAGAGCUGUUGUUCGAGCAAAUUCCCGUCUGCGUGGUUCAUGUGGUCAAGGCUUCCAAGGAUCUGGCUUGUGCCUGGAGCUUCUCAGACGAGCUGCACUACUGGGAAGCACACAAGAAACUGUAUAUCUGUGUACACUCGGCCUGAGAUAAUGUCUUCUUUUUGUGGCUGGGUUGAAGAGCUUCAAACACUUAAAAGUGUGUCUUGUCUGGUUGAAUCCAAAAGUCAGAUUCAAGUUUACUUCCUGUAGUUAUUAUUUCUCACCACCUGAUACAGCUUGUCGAUAAAAAUGCCGAAAACAAUUUCCCCCAAAAAAACGCUUCAUAGUUUUUGGUGCAGAGGAAAAAGUUGCGAAAAUCUGUCAGUGUACUUCCAUUUUAUCAUGUUUUUUACAUAUUACGAAUGAAAUCUCUAUUUACUUAUUUACUUAUUUUAAUCACAGAUUCAGAAGUCGUAUUAUCAACAACUGUAUGUCCUUCACUGGCUGUCCUGUUUUUUCAUUAAUUCCAUUAAUAAUUCACUGUAUUACUUUUCCAUAGUUUCA